ACCGUCGGCCGAAGCGCGCCCGGCCGUUCGGUCCCCAGCCGCGUUCUCGGCCGCUUCCCCCUUCUCUCCCCGCCUCCCGGCCUCCGCACGGACGCGGCCGGGGCGGGAGCCGAGCCCGAGUCGAGCCGGAGCUGGAGCCGGAGCCGGAGCCGCAGAGACGUGGAAACAUGGAGGCCUGAGCCGGCGUGCGCCACUCUGGCUGCGGCGGCGACGGCGGCUUCUUCCGAUCCCCCUCUGCCACCCGCUCCUGUGUCGGUGGAGCUGGAAGCGGAUCUGCCCUCCGGCUGAGACAGGUUGUCUUGUGGAAAUGAAGGCUUAAGGGCAAGUUAUCUACCAGAUUAAAGAUGGGAUCGAACAGCAGCAGAAUCGGUGAUCUUCCUAAAAAUGAGUACUUAAAAAAGUUAUCGGGCACAGAAUCUGUCUCUGAGAACGACCCGUUCUGGAAUCAGCUUCUCUCGUUUUCUUUCCCUGCACCAACCAGCAGCACCGAGCUGAAGCUUUUGGAAGAAGCAACCAUUUCAGUCUGCAGGUCUUUAGUUGUAAACAACCCUCGAACAGGAAACCUUGGGGCGCUAAUUAAGGUCUUCCUUUCUAGAACCAAAGAACUAAAACUUUCAGCAGAAUGUCAAAACCACAUCUUCAUUUGGCAGACACACAAUGCUUUGUUCAUUAUUUGCUGCUUGCUGAAAGCGUUCAUCUGUGAGAUGUCAGAAGAGGAACUGCAGCUUCAUUUUACUUAUGAAGAAAAGGCUCCUGGCAGUUACAGUUCCGACUCUGAAGAUCUUUUGGAAGAAUUGCUCUGUUGUUUGAUGCAGUUAAUCACUGAUAUUCCACUCCUAGAUAUUACAUAUGAAAUCUCGGUAGAAGCUGUAUCAACAAUGGUGGUUUUUCCUUCUUGCCAACUCUUCCACAAGGAAGUUUUGCGACAGAGCAUCAGUCACAAGUAUUUGAUGCGAGGUCGAUGUCUUCCGUACACCAGCAAACUUGUGAAAACCUUAUUGUACUUUAUCAGACAAGAGAAGCCGCCCCCUCCAGGAGCACAGGUACUCCCACAGCAGUCGGAGGGGGGAGGACUGCUCUAUGGACUCGCGUCAGGAGUAGCAACUGGCCUCUGGACUGUCUUCACCCUGGGUGGCGUGGGCAGCAAAGCAGCUGCCUCUCCAGAACUUUCUUCCCCUCUGGCCAACCAGAGUCUCCUGCUUCUGCUGGUGCUGGCCAACCUGACUGAUGCUGCAGAUGCACCAAACCCCUACAGACAAGCCAUUAUGUCCUUUAAGAAUACACAAGAUAGCAGUCCUUUCCCCUCAUCAAUUCCACACACUUUCCAGAUUAACUUCAACAGUCUGUACACAGCUCUUUGUGAACAGCAGACAUCUGACCAAGCAACUCUCCUCUUGUACACGUUGCUCCAUCAGAAUAGUAAUGUUAGAACGUACAUGUUGGCUCGCACAGAUAUGGAAAAUCUUGUUUUACCAAUUCUUGAGAUUCUGUAUCAUGUCGAAGAAAGAAAUUCACACCAUGUGUAUAUGGCCCUUAUAAUAUUAUUGAUCCUUACAGAAGACGAUGGCUUUAAUAGAUCCAUUCAUGAAGUGAUAUUAAAAAACAUUACUUGGUAUUCAGAACGAGUUUUAACUGAAAUUUCACUGGGGAGUCUUCUGAUACUGGUUGUAAUAAGAACCAUUCAGUACAACAUGACGAGGACAAGAGACAAGUACCUUCACACCAACUGUCUGGCUGCUUUAGCAAACAUGUCGGCACAGUUCCGUUCUCUCCAUCAGUAUGCUGCCCAGAGGAUCAUCAGUUUGUUUUCCUUGCUGUCUAAAAAACACAACAAAGUUCUGGAACAAGCCACACAGUCCUUGAGAGGUUCACUGAGUUCCAAUGAUGUUCCUCUACCAGAUUACGCACAAGACCUGAAUGUCAUCGAAGAAGUGAUUCGAAUGAUGUUAGAGAUCAUCAAUUCCUGCCUGACAAAUUCUCUUCACCACAAUCCAAACUUGGUGUACGCACUGCUUUACAAACGAGAUCUCUUUGAACAGUUUCGAACUCAUCCUUCAUUUCAGGAUAUAAUGCAAAAUAUUGAUCUGGUGAUCACCUUCUUCAGCUCACGAUUACUGCAGGCUGGAGCUGAGCUGUCAGUGGAACGGGUCCUGGAAAUCAUCAAGCAGGGGGCUGUCGCGCUGCCCAAAGACCGGCUGAAGAAAUUUCCAGAAUUGAAAUUCAAAUAUGUGGAAGAGGAGCAGCCCGAGGAGUUUUUUAUCCCCUAUGUGUGGUCUCUGGUCUACAACUCAGCAGUAGGUCUCUACUGGAACCCACAGGACAUCCAGCUCUUCACAAUGGAUUCCGACUGAGGGCAGGACACCAUCUCCCACCCUCACCUCCCUCCAGCUGAGCAGCCCUUCCAGUUAUUUUCUUCCUGGGGAACAGAAGUAGACAGAUUGCCUGAUGUAUCUUCUAGCAAAGAGGAUCACACAGGCGUGCUUCCCUUACAUGCUUGGAUUUGGAGAAUUGGUGCCAGUUGGCAGUAGAUCACUCAGCUUAGAUUGUAGUGCAAAAAAAAGGGGGUGGGGGGCACACAAUAAUAAUAAAUGUAAAAACCUGCUAUUC